UAAACCUCAUGAAGGCGAUCUUGUCGAAUAUCUACAAUUUAACGAUGACGAUCGUGAAGUAAACAGUUUCAAUCGUUUCCACGCUGUGUUAAUGUAUCAUACGCGAGAUUAUUACGAUUAUCAGUUAAAUAUGUCCGUAACAACCUCCUGGGGUUAUAAACAACCCAAUGGAUUAUUUGAUGGAAUGGUUCGUGCUAUUGAAUUACGCCAAAUUGAUUUUGGAACAUCGCCAUUAUUCGUCAAAGACGAAAGAUGGCCUGUUGUUGAUUAUGGUCGUCGAACAUGGAAAUUAAAAUCCGCAUUUCUAUUUCGUACUCCGAAACGUCCAGCAUCUUUUGAAGUGUUUUUACGUCCAUUGGACGAACGUGUGUGGACUUUAACAGUAGUCGCCUGCAUUGUCAUCAUUCUACUACUAAAACUAAGUUUAAAAAUUGAAUACUCUAAAUUUGAUCACGUCGAGGAUACAUUUGAACCAUCAUGGAGUCAUAUUGCUCUUUUUACAUUGGGAGCAUUAUGUCAACAGGGAUGUGCAUUCAGUCCGAAUGGAAUCAGCAGUCGUAUUUCAUUCAUCUUUAUUUUUAUCUUCACAGUAUUACUAUAUCAGUAUUAUUCUGCUAGUAUAGUCUCGAUCUUAAUCAUGACUCCAGCGAGAUUUAUUAAAACUCUUCGAGAUUUGGCUUAUAGUACUUUGAUACUUGGAUGUGAAGAUGUUUUAUACAAUCGUGAUUAUAUCAAUAAAUUGGUAAAUGAUACAGUCGUUAAUCGAUUGUCAAAGAAAAGUCCCUAUGGCACCGACGCAAGUUUUUAUGUUGAACCGGAAGUUGGCCUUCCAAAAGUGGCAGCUGGUGGAUACGCUUAUCAUGUUGAGCUGGCCACAGCAUAUCCGAUUAUAUCAAAAACAUUUGAUGAGGAUGCAAUUUGUAGUUUGGAUGAAAUUCAAUUGUUUCAACUGCAGCAAAUGCAUCAGCCACUACAGAAAGGUUCAGAGUUUCGUGAGAUGUUAGAUUAUGUGUAUUUAAGUAAUGUACAAUCGUUCAAAGGAAUCCAUUACUUCUUAAUCUUCAUGAAAGACGUCAGCCUCAUAGAACCAGUAUUCAAAAAUGUGAUUUUAACAGUUAACAGCAACUUAAAAAUACUCAUGGAAGACUACACAGUUUACGAUGUUUACAAUCCAUCAACGUUACAUGGCGCACAAUUGACUUAUUCACCUUUCAAACACUGGAAACCCGAAAGGCGUAUUUUUGUAAAAGAUACGAAACAUGAGCAUAUGUACUGGGUACGCCGGAAUAUGUCUGGGAUAUUAUUUAAAGCAAUGGUCGUGUUACCACAACCAUAUCCUGGAGCACUUGAAACAUACCUCAAUGACGAUAGGCAUCGUGAAGACUAUUACUAUUAUGACCUGAAUAUAACAAGGACAAAAUCUUGGGGUUACUUAUACAACGGUACCUUUGAUGGUUUGGUACGCGCAUUGGAAAUUCGUCAAGUUGAUUUCGGUGCAUCGCCAUUGUUUGUUAAGAAUGAAAGAUGGCCAGCAGUUGAUUACGGACGUCGCACAUGGACUUUAAAAUCAGCGUUUUUAUUUCGGGCACCAAAACGUCCCGCAACUUUUGAGGUGUUUCUACGCCCUUUACACAAGAGAGUUUGGUAUCUUACUGCUAUAGCAAGCGUAAUCAUUGUUAUUUUCCUAAAAAUUAGCUUAAAAGCAGAAAUUGCUAAGUUUAAACAUGAAGAGGGAACUUUUGAACCAUCAUGGAGUCAUAUUGCUCUCUUUACUCUCGGUGCCAUAUGUCAACAAGGAUGUGCCACCAGUCCGAAUGGAAUUAGCAGUCGGAUUUCUUUCAUUUUUAUUUUUAUCUUCACAGUGUUACUGUAUCAGUAUUAUUCUGCUAGUAUAGUCUCGAUAUUAAUCAUGGCUCCAGCGAGAUUCAUUAAAACUCUGCAAGAUUUAGCAGCAAGUUCAAUGGUUCUUGCAAGUGAAGAUGUUUUGUACCAUCGAGAUUACUUUAAUAAACUAGAAAAUGAUUCAAUUGUUGGUCGUCUACACAAGAAGAAUCCUUCUGGUGGCUAUGCACAAUUCUACGUUGAACCGGAAAUUGCGCUACCAAAAGUAGCAGCUGGUGGAUUCGCAUAUCAUGUUGAGCUUGCCACAGCCUAUCCAAUUAUGUCUAAGAUUUUUGACGAGGAUACUCUUUGUAAUCUGGAUCAAAUUGAAUUGUAUCAUUUACAACAAAUGCAUCAACCAUUACAGAAAGGUUCAGAAUUUCGUGAAAUGCUUGAUUAUAUUUUACACAAAAUGGAUGAGUAUGGCGUUCUGCAUCGACAAUUGAAGCAUUGGCACACAAAAAGGCCACAGUGUAUUCGUUCACGUCCCGCUACCAUGUCAGUAACCAUUGACGAAUUCUACCCUGCACUGAGUUUGCUUUUCGGGGGAAUAGUAUUCAGUCUAAUAGUUUUAAUCUUAGAGAAUGUAGUACAUCUGCGCCAGAUUAAAGUGGAGGAAGAAAAAAUGAGAAAAAUGCUUCGGACUAACAAAAAAUAUGGAAUGAUUAAACGCGUCACGCCACUGAUCAAAAAUGGCGACUCUUAA